AGGAAGGAACGGGACUAAUACCAUAGCAACCCUCCCACUGACAGAUCCCUGCAGUGACGUCAUCAGAACGCGCCGGGACCGGCGGAAGUUGGGAGGAAGUUUGUCAAGCAAAAUGAGUUCCAAGCCUUCCACUUCCUCCUCUCCUUCUCGCGCGAGGUGCCGAAUUCAGACAGCACUCAAAAAUCUCUUUGGAUUUGAUUCCUUCCGAUCACAUCUGCAGGAGAAUGCAACUCGGGCAGUAGUAAAAGGUGACACAGAUGUGUUUGUAGUAAUGCCCACAGGGGCCGGAAAGUCCUUGUGUUACCAGCUUCCAGCUGUCCUCUCAGCGGGGAUCACAGUGGUUAUUUCACCUCUCAUUGCACUGAUUCAGGAUCAAGUAGAUCACCUUGUUGCCUUAAAGAUCAAGGCAUGCUCUCUAAACUCCAAGCUGCCACUCCCGGAACGCAAGAAAAUCAUUCAGGAUCUGGAAAGUGAGACCCCGCAGAUAAAGCUGCUUUAUAUAACUCCUGAGAUGGCAGCCUCCGCAUCCUUCCAGCCAAUCCUGGCGCAGCUUCUCUCUCGUAGCCUCCUGUCUUACCUUAUUAUAGAUGAAGCGCACUGCGUCUCGGAGUGGGGACACGACUUCCGACCUGAUUACAUGCGCUUAGGCUCCUUGCGUUCCCGCAUUCCUCAUACACCUUGUGUGGCACUGACAGCCACGGCCACCAAGCAGGUCCAGGAUGACAUUGUUGCCUCACUGAAAUUGCGUCAACCGGUUUCCACGUUCAAAACACCAUGUUUUCGUUCCAACCUGUUUUAUGAUGUGCAGUUGAAAGACUUGAUAGGUGAUGCUUAUGGGAACCUAAAGGAAUUUUGCCUGAAGGCCCUAGGAACGAAAACUCCACAAGGGGGCUUCCCAGGCUGUGGGAUAGUGUACUGCCGCACCAGAGACUCAUGUGAGGAGGUGGCAGUGCAGCUCACUCAGAGAGGUGUCUUUUCAAAGGCCUAUCAUGCGGGUCUCAAAGCUGGAGACAGAGUCGCUGUUCAGAAUGAGUGGAUGGAUGGGAUUGUACCAGUUAUCGUAGCUACAAUCAGCUUUGGGAUGGGAGUGGACAAAGCUAAUGUAAGGUUUGUGGCUCACUGGAACGUUGCUAAGUCACUGGCAGGCUAUUAUCAGGAGUCUGGAAGGGCUGGAAGGGAUGGCAAGCAAGCUUUUUGCCGUUUAUACUACUCCAGAACUGACCGUGACCAAGUUGCCUUCUUGAUCAAGAAGGAAAUUGCACAGGCCCAGGCCAAGAGAGGAGAUUCCAAGGCAUCUGACAAAGCGUCUAUGGCUGGCUUUGAUGCCAUGGUGUCCUUCUGCGAGGAUACAGGGUGCCGCCACGCUCUCAUAGCUGCCUAUUUUGGGGAUGAGAAACCGCAGUGUAACAAAUCCUGCGACAGCUGCAAGAACCCGCUCGCAGUCAAACACCAGCUGGAACAACUGGAGGGCCUGCUCCAAAGUGGGAGAAGCAGAACCUGUAUCGAGAAGCCUGCAGGACCGAAGGGACCAUUUGGUUUUGACCCAAAUCUUUAUGAAGGAGGCAGGAAGGGUUAUGGGUUUGCCAGACACAACGACGAAGAUGAGAGUGACGAGGAGGAAUCUUCUGAGGAUCGCAAACGCGUAUGGAACAGCUUCUACCAGAAGCAAAUGAAUCUUCGCAAGAGCAAAGAGCUGGAAGAAUUUAUUCCUCCGAGUGAUGACUGUCUCCUAAAAGAUUCAUCCAGUGAUAAAAUUCCCAAGCUGACUGUGAAGGCUCGGGAGCACUGUUUGAAGAUCCUGGAGGAAGCUCUGACCAAGAAUGCCCGUACAGCUGGUGCAGAAGAUCGAAUUGAUGUAGAAUCCUGUGCAGUGGAUCUGGAGUAUGAGGUUUUCCGGAACAGCAAACUGUGCAAUCUCUACAAAGCAGCUGUUGUGAAAAAAGUAAAGGAAAUUGAAGCUUUGAAGAAUGGGGAGUUGCACAGCACUUUGGAGUCGAGCAACUUUGAGCAGGGAACAGAAACUUCAGUGGCUCCCACGAAAGAUGGAUUUGUGUCUGCCUCCCAGAUGUUAACAUCUAAAUGCAAGAGAGUUGGGUCGCUGUCCUCAUUUCAGUCAGCCUCUGAUUUGUUACGAACCACUCAAACAGAACGGAGACCCACUCAAUCCAGUCAAGGGACCAGCCAGGAGAUCUUGCCCAGCAAUGAUAGUUCCAUUCCUGAAAUGACAGACAGCAAGAAGGGGACCAGUCCAUGCAAAGCAGCCAGACCCAGCAAGAGAAAACAGGAGCUUGCCAAUGCAGCAAAAAAGGACUCCCAAAACAUCUCCAAAUUUUUCUCAACGCAAAGUAAUUUCAAAGCUCAAGCACAGUCCAGCAAAAAUUAUAAAAAGGCCAAGCCUAAAAACCCUUCUCUGAAAGAGGGGUCAGUGACUCAAAAGGAUGAGACCUGCACCUCUGAUGUACUGGAUAGACUCCAAGGGGAUCCUGCAAGUUUGAAAUUAGGUCAACAUGCAGUAGACAGUCCAGAGGAAGUAGAGACGACACCAACUGUAAAGCUGUCACAUAAAGAAGAUCUUUGUAGGGACACCUUGGCUGAGCAAACAGUAGAUACAAAGAACGACUUGCAGAGUAAUCCAGUUGUACAGCCAUCAGAAAUAAAGAACAGUUCCAUUAAUGUCCUCACUAUACAACCAUCAGACAAAGAGGAAUGUUUAAGGAACAGUCUUUAUGUACAGCCUAGAGAUUCCCUACUUGUGCAGCCUUUGCAGAACCAUGAGACGACUUCUCUCUCUUUUUCCAGUCCUGAUCUACUUAAGUCUCGAGAAGAUGCAGCAGAACUAGAGGAACACCAAGAGAUGAUAUUAGGCUUGACCACAAAGCACUGCAGGGAUGAUAUGCCGGGCAAGCCCAGGACCCAAGACAGGCAAAAGAGAGCAGUAGAAGAACAGGACUCAGAAGGUCCAGACAGAAAAAGACCAAGAGAAGAAUUAAAAUCAUCUUCCAUUUUGAUUCCGAUUCACAAAGUCAACUCUAAUCAGGGGAAGAAGAAAGUAACCUUUGAUCCAAACCUGUGCCCACAUGAUAAAGAAGGGACUGCCAAAAUCCUGCAACCACCUUCAGGGAACAAAGUGAUGACCCUAAAGGAGACUGCUGAUGUGGUGGUGAAAUACCUCACUCCAUUUUUCCGAGAAGGGAAGUUUGCCUCAAAGGACCUGUUUAAAGCAUUUGCAAGGCAUCUGUCUCACCACCUGACAGGAGAGGACAAGAUGCCCCUGCGGAAAAAUGUGAAAGAAGACGCACAAAAACUGAUCAAGGCAUUUUUCAAGGAUCGCCCUAAAUGCGAGAGUGAAGAAGACUGGAAGGACUUGCUGCAUGCUGCACCAUGAUAUGUAGGCAAAUGCCAGGGACAGAGACCAGGUGAAAUCCUUGCAGGACAUUUAUUAACUAUGCACAUAUGGACUGCCCAAGCAGGCACACGGCUACCUCGACUCACCGUGCACUGUGCUGGGGCUAGCCACACCCUCCGAGCCAAUGUCAAUCUGUUCUAUUUGUCUCCAUUUUCUCUGUAACCACAUUAUAAUGUCAACACUUGUUUCAGUGAAAUCAAUAGGCCAAAGAUAAGCUCUGGUGCUCCAGCCAUGAUCAGGAGCCAUUCUACACUGCAUUCUAAGGAAUCGGUCAGCUGCUGCAAUAGGGCUCCUUAUGGAUUGUGCUAGCACUACUACUGUCAGGUCCCCAAGAUCAGUGCUCCCUCUUACAUACUACUAACAAUAUUUACCUUAUGGUCUAUUAAACUGGUAAUUGCUGCAAUGGGGCCACCUUCUGGAUUAGGUUGGCACUACCACUGUCCCACUUCCUUAGUCUACCCUACACCCUAACUUAUGCUGCUGCUACUCAUAGUUUGCCUUUUGUUUCCCAGAUGUAUUGAUGAUAUCCAUUCUAUCUCCAGAGGGGGUGCUUUACCCCCCUCACAGGGAAGUUUAACUUAAAAUUAACUUUAGUUUAAUGUAAAUAUUGUUAUUUUUAGAUGAUUUGUAACUGGUCAUCUUAUUUUGCCAUCAGAGCAGGUCAGCUUUUUUUUUUUUUACUUUAAUUACUAGUGUUUCUUUUCAGACUCUCCUGGUUCUAUACCAGUGCUUAAAGUCUCUAUCUGGUAGAUAGGAUCAACAGGACCCUAGAAACCAAACCAUGUAUAUAUCUGAAUCUCCAAGCCGAGAGCUACAGAACUACUACAUUAAAAAAAGACGAGAAAUGAUCUUAGCUUAUAAAUGUCUAUUACAUAUUACAGGAGAAGUAUAAUAACAGCCACCCCAUUUGCAUGAGGUCUAGUAAUCCUUAUCAACCAAUCAGAUACAGUAAUUAUCUGCCCUCAUGCCAUUGUUCAGAUGUUUUUAUUCUAGCAGUUGGUUUCAUGGUAACCUAGAUUGUUGGUAUUUAAAGAAGAAAUUCACUUUAUAAUUACAGAAAAAUGUAGACAUUCAAAUCAGCUUUUGCUUUCCAAUAUUUGAUAUUUAUGUUCUGCACUCUUGCUGGUUUGCCAGUUAAACUGGUUGCUAGGCUUACUAACCAUAACAACCAGACUGUCAUCUGAAAGUCUUAAUACAAAACAGGAGAGGGCUCACAGAUUGCUUGACAUUACUGGCCAUAGAUACCAGGCAGCCAAAGUUUUUGUUUUUUUUUGAUACAGAAUAGAAAGGAGCGGAUAAUUUAAAUAAAGACAAAUACAAGCUAAGAUGAUUCUAUUCCAUCUGCACAAAUUAAAAGUUAAUUUUAAGGCAAACUUCCGCUUUAGCAUAGAUCUCAGCAAAUUACUGUUGUCAGGAAAGGACUGUUUACGUUGCAAUUAGUGGAGAGGAAUGUACACGUAAAAAGAUAAUAAAAACAUAAAAAAUA